AUGAUAAAUUCAAGCGAAGCUAAAAGCGCCCUUGAACAGCUACGGCAUGAGACUCAGAACAAGCGGAUCAAGGUUUCGGCCGCCGCUAACGAUCUUGUAAAGUAGGUUUUAUGUUAUUUAUUUGUGAUUCUUAAUUUUGUUAUUUUGAAGGAUCUCUGGGGCUAAUGUAGUUCAGCCCCCCCCACGAUACUUCAACCCCCCCCAGUGUUUAGAACAGCCCCCCCCAAACGGGUAGCUGGCCUAAACUGUCCUAUGCAACGUCCAAAAGGUCGAAUUCUGACGAAGUGGCUGGAAUCGGUGGCAGGGUCGCGCGGCCGGACCUAUUAUAGGAGGCGGAACGCGACCUGCGUUGCAUGGCGGGGCAGAAUGAAGGUUUUGGCAAAAUCAACUUUUAUAGGUUUCGCAUGCGUGAGAAAUUGAAAGUUCACAAAAAGUGAAAUUUGCAUAAAUUACAACUAAAAAGUGCACUUUUAAUUUUAUUUUCUAUUUACAACAACCACCCAACUGUUAACAUCAACCCCCCCCAACUGUUAACAUCAGCCCCCCCCAUAACAUUAGCUCCCCAACUGUUAACAUUAGCCCCCCCCAACUGUUAACAUCAGCCCCCCCCAAAAUAAAAACAACCCGGCAGUAACAACUUCAAAACACAAAAUAAUUUAUUUUCAUUUUUCAUUAUGGGGGGGGGGCUAAAGUAUCUAUAAUGGUUGGGGGGGGCUAUACUUCACAAGGCGGGGGGGGGGCUGAUCUACAUAAGCGCCGGAUCUCUUUAUUAUAGUUUAGUGCCUCUCGAUCAAUCCAGACUUAAAUAUACCAUUGCAGAUACGUACAAGACAACGAGAAGGAGGACUACCUGAUGAACGGCUUCCCUUCAGACAAAAUGAACCCCUACCGUCCAAAAAACAGCUUCCAAUGCCAAGUGCUCUAA